GUUGAUAAGCGUUUGAUCCUAGGUGCCUUGCCAACCCCUUCUUAUAUCAAGCAGCUGCAUGCACGAGAUAAUCUAUGUACUAUUAUCAACAUGUGUGCUGAAUUCCCGGGAUAUUUGUCUCUGUACGACGAACUAUCAAUUCAACAAAUUAGACUACCCACUACAGAUUUCAGUAUUCCGACUGUAAACGCGAUUACCAAAGGAGUCAAUUCAAUUAUAGACACGAUGGAAAAUAAAGAUGGAGUAGUAUACUUGCACUGCAAAGCUGGAAGAGGUCGAAGUGCGGUGAUUGCACUGUGUUAUCUGCUUAGAGUCUAUCGCUUGACACCUGUAGAAGCACAAGAAGUACUACUAGUAUGCAGACCACAGGUAAGG